UAGGUAGCACCACAAUCGUUCGAAAUUUAGGCGAGUCAUUUAGUUGACUUGUUUUAGUUAAAGGUAACAUUAAUUUUUAUUUUACUGUUUUCGCAGUUAUAUUUAGCUGUAUUCUAGUAGCAAUUUCAUCAUUCAUUGAAUUUGAAAUAUAACGGAUUAGGUCUAACUCCUGGAGUCAAGUGAAUCGGCAAAUUUGUGGGUAAUCAUGCCUUCUUCACAUUUACCAGUUUCUAAUGUUGUAGUUCAUCCAUUAGUAUUGCUUAGCGUUGUAGAUCAUUUUAACCGAAUGGGUAAAAUAGGAAAUCAGAAACGCGUUGUGGGUAUUCUCUUAGGUUCAUGGAAAGGAAAAGGAGUAUUGGAUGUAUCAAACAGUUUUGCUGUGCCAUUUGAUGAAGAUGACAAAGACAAAACAGUCUGGUUCUUGGAUCAUGAUUACUUGGAGAACAUGUAUGGCAUGUUUAAAAAAGUUAAUGCUCGAGAGAGGAUUGUGGGAUGGUACCACACUGGUCCAAAGCUUCACCAGAAUGACAUUGCCAUCAAUGAACUUAUCAGGAGAUACUGUCCAAAUUCGGUUUUAGUCAUAAUUGAUGCAAAACCGAAAGACCUUGGAUUACCAACAGAAGCAUACAUAGCUGUUGAAGAAGUUCAUGAUGAUGGUACACCCACAAACAAAACAUUUGAACAUGUUCCAAGUGAAAUAGGAGCAGAAGAAGCUGAAGAAGUUGGAGUUGAGCAUUUGUUAAGGGACAUCAAAGAUACCACUCUUGGUACCAUGUCACAGAGAAUCACCAAUCAGCUGAUGGGACUGAAAGGACUGAAUUCACAAAUCAACCAAAUCAAAAAAUAUCUAGAAGAGGUGGUUUCAGGAAAACUUCCAGUCAAUCACACCAUCAUCUACCAGCUGCAGGACAUAUUCAAUCUUCUUCCUGAUGUGUCUAGUCCAGAUUUCAUCAAAUCCCUCUACAUCAAGACCAAUGAUCAGAUGUUGGUUGUGUAUCUUGCUUCCAUGGUGCGCUCCGUUAUUGCUUUGCACAAUUUAAUCAACAAUAAGCUUACUAACAGAGAUGCAGAAAAAAAAGAGGGAACUAAAAAAGAUGAUAGCAAAGACAAGAAGAAAGAGGAGGAGAAGAAAAAGACAGAAGAAGGAAAAAAAGAUGAAAAAAGCAAAAAGAAAGAGGCAGACAAAAAGUAGUUGGUUCACAACGAUUUGGUUAUGAAUAUCCCAUACUGUCAUUUUAUUUUCUGUACAUUUAGACCAUUAAAACUCUCUUAUUCUA